AUGGCGGCAAGCGGGCGAGGCCUGUGCAGGGGCCUGGGUGCCUCCCUCCGCCCCGUGGGGAGACGCGCCCACUCAGAGGCCAGGGCCCACCCGAAGCCCGAGUACGACGCGGUGGUGAUCGGAGCAGGUCACAACGGGCUGGUGGCGGCAGCGUACCUGCAGAGACUGGGGGUCAGCACGGCGGUGUUCGAAAGGCGCCACCUGAUCGGGGGCGCAGCUGUCACCGAGGAGAUCAUCCCAGGGUUCAAGUUCUCGCGAGCGUCCUACCUGCUCUCCCUGCUGAGACCUCAGAUCUACAAGGACCUGGAGCUGAAGAAGCAUGGGCUGAAGCUUCACCUCCGGGAUCCCUACUCCUUCACCCCCAUGCUGGAAGGGGAUGCGGGGGGCAAGGCGCCCAGGUCCCUUCUGCUGGGCACAGACAUGGCGGAAAACCAGAAGCAGAUCGCCCAGUUCUCCCAGAAGGACGCCCAGGCCUUUCCCGGCUAUGAGACGUUCAUGCACCGCUUAGCCUUGGCCGUGGACCCUCUGCUGGACUCUCCCCCUGUGGACCCGGGCGCCUUUCAGCAGGGCUCCCUCCUGCGAAGGCUCAGGUCUCUGCCCACCCUCCGACCGCUGCUGCAGGCAGGACGCAUCCUGGGACCCCAGCUGCCCCAGUACUACCAGGUCCUCACAGCUCCAAUUACCAAGGUGCUGGACCAGUGGUUCGAGUCUGAGCCUCUCAAAGCGACCCUGGCCACAGACGCAGUGAUCGGAGCCAUGCUGAGCCCCCGCACCCCGGGGAGUGGGUAUGUGCUGCUGCAUCAUGUGAUGGGGGGCCUCGAGGGGGUCCCUGGGGCCUGGGGCUAUGUCCAGGGUGGCAUGGGUGCCCUCUCGGAUGCCAUCGCCAGGUCGGCCACAGCGUACGGAGCAAGUAUCUUCACUUCGAAGACGGUGGCCUCGGUGCAGGUGGACAGUGGAGGGCGCGCACACGGAGUCGUCCUGCAGGACGGCACGGAGGUGAGGAGCAAGGUGGUCCUGUCCAACGCCUCACCGCAGAUCACCUUCCUGAAGCUGACACCCCAGACGUGGCUUCCCGAGGACUUUGUGGAGAGCAUCUCCCAGCUGGACACGCAGUCACCAGUCACCAAGAUCAACGUGGCCGUCGACAGACUCCCUAGCUUCCUGGCGGCCCCCAACACUGCUGGUGGCCAGCCGCUGCCUCACCACCAGUGCUCCAUCCACCUGAACUGCGAGGACACCCACCUCCUCCACCAGGCCUACGAGGAUGCCGCAGGUGGCCGCCCUUCUGGCAGGCCCAUGAUUGAGCUCUGCAUCCCUUCCUCGCUGGACCCCACCCUGGCUCCUCCUGGCUGCCAUGUUAUCUCCCUCUUCACUCAGUACACACCCUACACCCUGGCAGGAGGCAAGGCCUGGGACGAGCAGGAGAGGAACGCGUACGCCGACAAAGUGUUUGACUGCGUGGAGGCCUACGCCCCUGGCUUCAAGAGAUCUGUGCUGGGCAGAGACAUCCUCACACCUCCUGACCUGGAGAGAAUCUUUGGGCUUCCCGGAGGAAACAUAUUCCACGGGGCCAUGGCCCUGGACCAGCUCUACUUCACCCGCCCGGUGCCCCUGCACUCCAGCCACCGCUGCCCUCUCCCCGGCCUGUACCUCUGCGGAAGUGGGGCCCAUCCUGGAGGAGGUGUCAUGGGAGCCGCCGGACGCAACGCAGCCCACGUGGUCUUCCAGGACCUCAAGAACAUGUCACCCUGA